AUGGGAACCAGUCAGAAACCAGCGGUACCACAACUACAAUUAGCGGAACGGAAACAACAGAAGAAUAGUUUUUUGCAUUUAACACCUCAGUGGUUUUCCUUCAGUUUUUCGGUCUCAAAAACCAGUCAACGAGAUAUGGCUAGCACUCAAUCAUUAAGCGUUCUAUCAUGGAUAAGAGCGUUUCAUGUCUACAAGGGGUGGUGGACUCCUCACAACGGAGAAAGUCUACAACUUCAACCAGAACCUGAGAACCCGAAAGACAGAAAUGCAGUCAGCGUUGUCAAGGAUAGACGAGUCGUGGGACACAUGCCUUUGAUGUUGGUCAAUACGAAAGAGGGUUUGGGACUUAUAACACAUUUUCUUGCAAAGCCAGGGACCAAUGGAGUUGUCAACGUAUGUGGGAAGGCAGUCAAUCGGGGCGGAGGAUUAGGCAUGGAGAUCCCAUGUGAAUAUAUUUUCACUGGACCGCACAAACUCAUUGAGCGUUUGGAGAAGUGCUUGGAUCUUACAGAAAACCCAGCUGUCCGUAAAGAUAGUCUUUCAAGUGAAAAUGUCGAAAAGAAAAGAGGUAGAAAAAGGAAGGCAUUAACUAGAGAGUCUUCAAAGAAUUAGAAAUCUUGAUGAUAAAUGGCAAUGACAUGUCGAUAGUAUAAUUUUUACCGACUGAAAACAUGAUACUGUUAUCGUAUGAACAAUGAGACAAUUGAUUACACUCUGAUAUGUAACGACAAACAGGAAAUCGUGUUGAAUAAGAACUGUUAUCAUUGGAGUGUCCGUAAUAAAGAGGUUCAGUUUGUAUGAAUUUUUUCUCUGGGGCCGAGAUUUCGUGUCCGUUGUCCGUAUUAUAGAGGGUCCGUAUUAUAGAGGUUAUUUUUACAAAGAAUGUAUGGGCAUUUUCCCGGGACCAAGUGAACUGUCCGUAUUAGAGAGGUGUCCGUAAGGAGAGGUUCGACUGUAUCCGCUUUAUUAAGAUCGGUGGAAAGACGGUUUUUUUUUAUAAAGCACGGGUUAGUAAAGGCAUUUUAAGAAUCAAAGAUAUCCUCAAUGCUUACGAUAACUUCCUAUCCUUCAAAGACCUUAAAGAUACUUUCGACGUU